AUGCUGUUCUGCCCGACAUGCGCGAAUCUGCUCGUGAUAUCAUCAGAAACAGGGUACAAUAAAUGGGCAUGCAAUACGUGCGCAUACGAGUUUCCGAUCUCGAAGCAGAUGACUUCCCGCUCGCGUAUGAAGCGCAAGGAAGUAGACGAUGUGCUCGGAGGGGAAGAAACGUGGCGGGACGCAGAUUCUACUGCCGUCACUUGUGACAAGUGUAAUCACCCCCGCGCGUAUUUCUAUCAGCUGCAGAUCCGAUCUGCGGAUGAGCCCAUGACGACAUGUAUUUCCAGAUGUGCCGGAUGUGCCUACCAAUGGCGCGAAAAUUAA